AUCGAAUCUCCCGCAACAGUAGCCUUGGGAACUAUUGGUUUGACGGCAGCUUCUUAUUUUACGUACAGGCGGUAUUUCAAACGAAUCCCUACAACCGCUUACCUUACACCGUCUUCAAUGCGUUCGAGGAAUACAAUCGUUGGAAAAUGCGUUUCUGUUGGGGACGCAGAUGGUUUCAGGAUCUAUCAUACGCCAGGACCUAUUAUAUAUCGUCACUUGUUAUAUGCCAAUAUCAAAAAGGGUUCCAUCAAUGGACACUCGAACGGAAAAGGAAGUUCAUUUAAUACUCAAACGAUUUCCGUUCGAUUGGCAGGCGCAGACGCACCAGAAAGUUCUCAUUUUGGAAAACCAUCUCAACCGUUCUCAAAAGAAGCAAAGGAAGAGUUGGAGAGCUUGGUGCUUGGCAAAGAAGUAUGGUGUCAGAUGGCUCAUAUCGAUCAAUAUCAGCGCUUAGUUGCAACGCCGUACGUUUGGCACUCGCCAUACAUAUUCGGCAGGACGAAUGUAUCAUUGCGUUUGGUCGAAAAAGGACUAGCGACUGUGUAUUCCCAAGCAGGUGCAGCAUAUGGCACAGCAGGUCCAAUUACCAAACUUUUACGAAAAUUACUAAUACCACUUUCCGGAGAAGCAAGAUUGAGAAGGGCGAUGGCACGAGCAAAGCGAAAAAAGAUUGGUGUUUGGAGCUUGAAGAAUUUUGAAACACCAGAAGACUACAAGAAACGAAUGAAACAGCAAUCC